AUUAUUUUCAACACCAGUCGAAAAUUAUCAGUAGGUUGGAUGCUUUGUUUCGUUUGUUGACAUUUCGCGGUCUCUUGUCCUCUAAAAAUUUAGCGGUACGAUGCAUCCUUUACUUUUACUGUUUGCUUGGCAGUGCACACUCUGAUUUCUUAGAUCCAUGCCGUAUCGCGAAUCUUUUUGUAAAGAAUAUUCAGUGUUAAAUGGGUGCUAGGUGUUUGUUGCAUCGACUGGUUGCGUAAAUUUCUCUAGAUUGAGGUGUUGGGUUGUUUUGUCGAAUUCGAUACUGAGCGGAAGAAAAUGUUCAAAUUCUCUCAAUUGGUUUCGAGAGCGUGCAAACCAAUAAGCCUAGAACAACUGCUGCAGUCCAAUUGCAUUUGCCAAAAAAUACUCGGUUACCAGUUGUCAUCAUCAUCAUCAUCUUCACAGAAGAAAAGGAGAUCGAGCAAACAAAGAUCCACUAGUCGUAAAAAGUUCUCAGGACCAGAAGUUACCGGAAGUAAUUCGACUAUGCAGGAUGAAAGUGUUCCGUGUAUAGCGGAGGAUAAAAAUCUGUCGUCCAUGUCCCAGUCUUGUUCCACAAAUAGCUCGGUACCAUCGGGACAAGAAACAAAUGCACGCAGAGAUUUUGAAGAGAUACACUUCGCUAGUGAUAUUAACAAAAUGGGGAGUACUUCUGACCAAUCCAAAGGGACACUCUUCACUUUUAUGUCGUACAACAUUUUAGCUCAAGACCUGUUGCAAACGCACCCGUAUUUGUACAAAUCCUGCAACCCGAAACAUUUGGAGUGGAAGUUCCGAUUAGACCGUCUUGCAAGUGAAAUCCUAGCCAUUCGCCCAGAUAUUUUGUGUCUUCAGGAAGUUCAACAGAAUCAUAUUCCGUCAAUUUUGAAGGCGCUGAGCGCGCUGAAUUUUGAACACAUCUUCAAGAAGAAAACGGGAAUGAAAACGGAUGGCUGCGCUAUACUUUAUAACAAAAACGUUUUCGACUUAGUUGAGAAACACACUGUGGAAUAUUACCAGCCAAAUGUUAGGUAUUUGGACCGUGAAAAUGUAGCCCUAAUAGCAAAGCUCUGCCUCAAACAGCAACCCUCGUCAUGUUUCAUCGCAUCGACAACCCAUCUUUUGUAUAACCCACGACGUCAAGAUGUUCGUCUUGCGCAAAUCCAGUUACUUUUAGCGGAAUUGGAUCAUAUAUCUUUUAAAGGAUUUGAUUGUCAAGGAAAAAUACGUCGCUUACCUAUACUUCUAUCGGGUGAUUUCAAUUUGAAACCACAUUCGGCACCUUACAAUUUGCUCACCCAAGGAAAUCUAGCUUAUCACAAUUUAACACAACGGACUUUAGAGCCACCCACCGAUGCGAACCUAGCGACAACUGGACAUAUUUUUUUACCUUCAGAACUCGGUAUAAAUGAUAAUUGUCAACACUACGAUGUAGUCAGUCAAAGCUAUAAAGGACAAGCAAGGAUACAAAACACUGACAAAAAUAGAAUGUUGGACGAAAAUAGAGAUUUUAGUAAUAAGAACCCUGAUGAGAAAGAUCCACAUAAUUUAUUCGCGACUGGUCAAUUACGACACGCUUUGAAUCUAGUAUCUGUUUAUGAUCAUCACAAUAGAAGUGAAGCAACAACCUUUCAAGAUAAGUGGGUAACCGUCGACUAUAUUUUUUACAGUCAACAUUUUAGUCCAAGCGUCGAUUCUGAUUACGACGGUUAUUUGAUAUUGCAGUCUCGCUAUUCGUUACCCUCAAAGAAAGAUUGUUACAAAAUGAAUCUUGUGAUACCAAAUGCGUACCUAGGCUCCGAUCACUUGUCAUUAGCAGGAAGGUUUUAUUUUCAGGGCCCGAAAUCGAACGGAAAAGAAUGCGUUCCCAAAGAUAAAUAAUUUUAAGAUUUGAAGGAAUUAAAAAUUUCUGAAAAUACAUAUAUGGUCACCAAUGUGGAGCAGAAAUUGUUUUAGAUACGUUUAAGACUUUGAGUUUAGUAAUUUAUAAUUUUGACUACUGUUGCUAGUAUUUGCCUGGGAAAAUUGGUAUUAAUAUUCGAGAUACAAUGGAAGUAAUUACUCAUUUUCACGCAGAUGUUAUGGCGAUUUUUUUUUUGUGAAUACGUUAACCUGUAAAAUAAUUUUCCAAAAAAUUUUUGAAACCCGCCAUGUUUAUUGGCAGUCACACUUCGACAUCGAUUUGUUAAUAAGUUUAAGCGUAAAUGAUUUCUCAUGAACCUCGGGGAUUUUUCGAAAAAAGAAAUGUAAAUAUUUUUUUGAAAAUACAGCAAAAUUUUUCAAAAUUGAA